AUGUGUGUAGUGAGAAGAAGAGAAGCGACGUUUGGAAAUAGCGCUUAUAAUGCCUGCACCUCAAAUUUGGAAAUUUUUAUAUUGGAAGCGGAUCACACACCACUAGAUCACCAAUUGUUGCCAGAGUCUUCCAGGCUCAUUUCCAUGGAAGAUUACAUGCGAACAACACUAUUUCUUCCCUCAGCAGUUUUUUUUAGUGAUCACCAUCUAGUUCAUCUCAUCUCUACUUGUCCUAUUCUCACGUUCUUCGCUUUUUGUUGUUUUGAUUUCUUGGAGUUGGAGCUGUUCUUUUAG